ACAUAGCGAGUCCUAGAGUAUGUUGACAAGGAGAGAAGCUACAGUGGAUGUUUUGGCCUGUUUCCUUCGUCCAAACUUUGCAGUACUUACCGCCUGUAGAUCAGACUAUAUGUAAUCUAUCAUUUCACGAAUGAACGCUCACAUAUGUUUACAAUCAUUGUUACGCUGCUGGUGUAGUUUGUUGAUUACUUUGACUGUUGACGUCCAGGCUAAUCUCGUUAGCUGCUACCAUUAGCAGUGCAGUAAAGUUAAGUUAGUGUGUUUGCAAAGUUUCAUCCUCGUAGUUGUUCUGAAAGUCCGGAUGGAUCUGCACACGUGUUUGCAGGUAACUAGAUAUAUUGCUAGCUCGAAGUUACUUUUAGUCGUGUGAAUUCGUGCUAGUUAGCUUUAGUCAGUAAACGGUAUCAAGUCCCGCAAUAUGUCUAAUCAACUGACUGCUGAGCAACAGCGAAUGAUUGAGGAGAAUCGACGGAAGGCUUUGGAGAAAAGAGCCCAAAGACUUGGACAGACUAUCAGUACCAAUAAGCAGACGUCAGCUGGAUUGAACAGCACUUCUGUACAGAUUAAGUCCUCUAAACAAAGCGUUGCUCCGGAUGCUGCAUCCAGCUCAUUCUUUGCACCAAAACAGCCUGUUGCACCCUUUGCAGAAAACUCACAAACCUCCAGUAACCAAAAUCAUUACUUACCGCAUCAACACGUGAACAGCUCUGUCUUGUGCAGUGGUGGAAGCUCUUGUGUGAAACCAGCUCAACCCAAAUCUAACCUCACCUCUAGCAGCUCUGCCAGUGCAGUUGGCUUAUCCUACAAGCAAGCAACAAGUAAACCUGCUCAAAGUCCUGUGGCACAGCUUCCCUCAGGCUCCUCAACUUUAAAUGCUGUACCUGCAAAAAAGCCUGCCAUCUCUGUGAGAGGGAGAUGUGUACCACACACGGAGGGCCGCUUCAGAGUAGAAGUGGGCUACCACGCAGAGCUUAUCUCGGUUUUCAGAUCCAUCCCCUCUAAGAGCUUUGACCCUGCCACAAAGAUGUGGAACUUCAGCCUGGAGGACUAUCGACACCUAAUGGAGGAGGCAGCCUGUAUUGCCUCUGUGUCUUUGAGGCCUCUGGAGGGAAUGGAGGCGGUGGACAUUGCAGAAGCCACCAGCCGGGCUCGUGACGGCGCAGCUCUUGGGGCACUGCUGAAGCUGUGUAAUGGCUGGCAGAAACCUGGAGCCACUCUGCAGGGCCAGUGCAUACUGGUUUCUCAGACAAACUUUGAGGUUGACAUCGGUUAUCAUGUUGAUGUCAUUGCAGCAUUCAAGCAAAUGCCAACAAAAAAUUAUGACAUGAAAACAAGAAAGUGGAGCUUUUCACUUGAGGAUUACAAGAGACUCAUGGAUCUCCUCAGUGGGAUAGCAGCAGUAGAGGUGGAGCCUCUGCCCAGGGCGGUAAUCCAGGUUUUCUCUGCCAGCUUUGAUGGGACCAGAGCCAGGUCUUUAGACAUCCCUGAGGCAGACCUCUCCAGCAUCGACCCCUCGCUCACCCACAGCCUCAUGCCCUUCCAGAGGGAAGGAGUCAAUUUUGCUGUGUCUAAACAAGGCCGCCUCCUCCUGGCUGAUGACAUGGGUCUGGGAAAGACGGUGCAGGCCAUCUGCAUAGCAGCCUAUUACAGGAAUGAGUGGCCCUUACUGGUGGUGACUCCUUCCUCUGUACGAUUCACCUGGGCUGAGGCUUUUGGACGCUGGCUUCCCUCCCUGAGUCCUGACAGCAUCAAUGUGGUGGUGAAGGCAAAAGACAAUCUGCGGUCUGGUUUGGUCAACAUCAUCAGCUACGACCUGCUGAGUAAGAUGGGCAAGUUGCAGUCAGGACCGCCUUUCAGUGUUCUCAUCAUGGAUGAGUCCCAUUUCCUGAAGAACAUAAAGACUGCUCGUUGUAAAGCAGCGUUACCUUUGCUCAAGGCAGCGAAGAGAGUGAUUCUUCUGUCUGGGACCCCUGCCAUGUCCAGACCCUCUGAGCUCUACACCCAGGUUCUGGCUGUCAGACCUACACUCUUCCCCCGCUUCCAUGAGUUUGGGAUGCGCUACUGUGAUGCCAAACAGAAUACUUGGGGCUGGGACUACUCAGGAUCUUCUAACCUCGGGGAAUUGAAGCUUUUGCUAGAGGAAUGUCUGAUGUUGCGCCGCCUCAAGUCUGAUGUCCUCUCCCAGCUUCCCGCUAAACAGCGCAAGGUUGUCACAGUGACCAUAGAUGGGAUUAACACCAGCACAAAAGCUGCUCUCUCAGCAGCUGCUAAGGCGUUGACCAAGAGUUAUGGCAAAAAAAACAAGGAAAAGGAAGCGCUCCUCAUAUUUUAUGGCCACACAGCUGAAGCCAAGCUACAAGCCAUCAUGGAGUACAUCACAGACAUGCUGGAGUGUGGGAGGGAGAAGUUUCUAGUGUUCGCUCACCAUAAGUUAGUCCUGGAUCAUAUCACCUCUGAGCUGGGGAAAAAGAAUGUCAAUUUCAUCCGUAUUGACGGGAGCACUCCCUCAGCUGAGCGACAGCAGCUCUGUGAGAAUUUUCAGUUCUCAACCCAGACCUGUGUAGCUGUGCUGUCCAUCACUGCAGCCAACAUGGGCCUGACACUGCAUUCUGCAGACCUGGUGAUCUUUGCUGAGCUCUUCUGGAACCCCGGUGUUCUCCUUCAGGCAGAGGACAGGGUGCAUCGUAUUGGACAGACCAGCAAUGUGAACAUUCACUACAUUGUUGCCAAGGGAACUGCUGAUGAUCACCUAUGGCUAUUGAUCCAGAGAAAAAUGAAUGUGCUGGAGCAGGUGGGUCUGUCUGAGUCAAACCUCUCAGACAAUGCAGUGAACACUAGCUUCUACUCGAAGGACCCUGAACAGAAGAGCAUCAUGGAAAUGUUCCAGAGAUCCUUCAGUGCAGAUGACAGCAUAGAUGAAGACAUUUUACUGGAGGCUGCAAAUGAGUGGGAGGACAAAUGAAAACACUUCUGGUU